CCUCAAACAAGAAAGUCAAGCUGCACACUCAGAAAAUCGACCACCUCGUGUGUGGUGUGUGUGUCUCUAAAGACUGAUUGUUACUUACCGGUAACUUAAAAGAUUUCGAAUCUGAACGGGUUAUUUCAAAGUAAUUGAAACAAGCACUGGGAGCGUUUUAUCUCGCUUCAGACAUGUCUCUGUUUCUUGUGAACAGGUAUCUUGGAGUGGAGGAAGAUGGGAGCACCUCAAAAGAAUCCCAGUCUCAGGCGUUGCUUGCUAAACUGCUGCAGAAGGCUAAAGAAAAGCAGAAACAGAGUUUGACAGAACAGAGACCGGACCUGGUUGAGGAGCAGAUGCUAAAGCAGGUUGACAAAAAAAAAAGAAGAGCUGACAAGAACAGCAGUCAGGAGCCUCAACCCCACAAAAAGAGGAAAUCAGAAGUAGCUCCUUUGUGCAGUUCACCACUUCACCAUAUGUCAGAGCCUCCUGUGAUUGGAAAAGAUGGACAAGAGGACACUGAAGUAGCAGAGGCAGAACAUGACCUAUCAAAGCAAACCACAGACAUGUCUUCCGCUCCAACUGGAUUCACAGUUGUGGGAGGAUUUGAAAACAAACCUGUCCAAAAGAUACAUAGAGUCCUGCCACAGUGGCUUGCUCAACCUGAUGUGAUUCACAAAGACAUUAAAAACAACCAGGUCCCCAUCUCUGACAUCUCCCAACUGUGUGCGCCACUCGUGAAAAAACUACAGAAUAAUGGAAUUCAGCACUUCUUUCCUGUGCAAGCAGAGGUCAUUCCAGCCAUCUUGGAGAGCAUGCAGCUACGGCUGCUGAUUGGAUGCGGUGGUUACAAGCCGAGAGAUAUCUGUGUGUCUGCGCCUACAGGCAGUGGCAAGACACUUGCAUUUGUCAUACCUGUCAUACAGAUGUUGAUAGAGCGGGUGGUGUGUGAAGUCCGGGCUUUAGCUGUGUUGCCAACCAAAGAGCUCGCUCAGCAGGUCUGCAAAGUGUUCACAUCAUAUGCUGAGGGAACAACUCUGAAAGUGGUGAUGCUGGCUGGUCAGAGGUCAUUUGCUGCAGAGCAGGCUUCACUCUCUGAACAAAGGGGAGGAAUGAGAUGCAGUUUAGCAGACAUUGUUGUGACCACUCCAGGUCGACUGGUUGAUCACAUCAACAAGAAGUCAGGCUUAUGUCUGAAACACCUCAGGUUUCUUAUAAUUGAUGAGGCUGAUAGGAUGAUUGAAAGCAUGCAGCAGUCUUGGCUCAGUCAUGUGAUGAGGGCAGUUUUCAAAUCAGGAAGUGAACCAAGAGCAAGGUCCAUCUUCAGGAGAACUGAACCAGCAUACAUCACAGCAGCCAGUCUGUCUCCACCUCAGAUGCCACUACAGAAGCUGCUGUUUUCUGCCACACUCACACAAAACCCAGAAAAGCUUCAGCAGCUUGGCCUCCACCAGCCCAGACUCUUUAGCUCCAUCCACAGCAACAUCACCACACCAGCAGUCCCUAACCACAAACAAGACCGGUUUGACUUCCCCCAAGGCCUGACGGAGCAUUAUGUUCCCUGUACUUUAAGCAGCAAGCCCCUUCUCAUCCUUCACUUCCUCCUACGAAUGAAGCUCAGCCCCAUCCUCUGCUUCACCAACUCUAGAGAGACUGCACACAGACUUUUCCUUCUAGUACAGCUCUUUGGUGGAAUUAAUGCUGCUGAGUUCUCCUCCCGCCUCUCUCCUGGAGAGAGAAAGAAGAAGCUGAAAGAAUUUGAACAAGGAAAAAUCCAACUGUUGGUCUGCACCGAUGCAGCUGCCAGAGGAAUUGACAUUAACAGAGUCAAAUGUGUUGUGAAUUACGAUGCACCACAAUACAUCAGGACAUACAUUCACAGGAUUGGAAGAACAGCAAGAGCAGGAAAAACAGGCCUGGCCUUCACCCUUCUACUCCGAGUUCAGGAGAAGAACUUCCUUCAGAUGGUGGUGGAAGCAGGAAGCCCUGGGAUUCAAAAGCAGAUUGUUAAACCUGAGAAUCUCCAGGGUAUGAAAGCCCGAUAUGAACAAACACUGCAGGAGCUGGCUAUGGUUAUUAAGGAUGAGGGAGCCAAAUGAUGGAUCAACAGUGGACAUUCUCUGCAGUUAACAUCCGUGCAUUACAAUGCAUUUAUCUGCUGCUUGUUGUUAUUCAUGUUGUUUGAUAAAACAUGAACUUUGUAUAGUGAAGCAGCUGAUUUUAGCUUCACAUAGACAGCUCCCAUGUGAAGAUCUCAACAAUUGGAAAGGAGCUGAGGGCAUUUUCACCAUGCAGUCUAUGAAAUGGCUCAUUAGCCUAUUAAUCUACAAACUGAUCGGUUCAUCAAUGUGGAUAAUGGCAGAAGACAAAUAAGUUAGUAAGCACAAAAUUCUGAAUCCACAAACUGUAAUAAUUUACAGUAUGUGUAUAAGACAACUCAGUGAAUAAUGACUGAUAUGGGAUCAUGUGUUUUUGUGAUUGGAGUGAGAGACCAUGAUUUAUUGUCAUUAACUCAUUAUAAAAUAUUUUGAAUUUCUUUGAGUUUCUUCUCACACUAUGAUUUUAUGAUCUACUCAUUAAAAAACAAUGAACUAUAAGUAAUGUUAAUGUGUUGGAUCUGGUUUGGCUAAAUGCAAUACUAAUUACAUUUUACAUUUAGUGGCUUCUAGGUGCCCUCUGCAUACUCACAGACCACUCCUCUAGUUUGAAUGGAGACAAAUUAAGGCUGUGACUUUUGGUUAAUUGGUAUCAUAAAUGUCAUUA